AACACCCAAAUAAACUAGCAAAAAUGAUGAGCCUAUACCACACCCACAACUUCUCGCCCAAUCAGUGUGGCUCGAGCCUGGUCCAGACCAUAGAAGCACCACUGCCCCUAGUGUGGUCCAUGGUCCGGCGCUUUGACCACCCACAAUCCUACAAGAAGUUCGUAAAGAGCUGCACCGUGCAAUCCGGCGGCAAUGGUGGUGUUGGAAGCAUCCGAGAGGUGGAGAUCGUCUUCGGCUUACCGGCUAGAUUUAGCACAGAGCGGCUCGACAAGCUUGACGACGAGACUCAUGUCAUGAUGUUUAGUAUUAUCGGAGGAGACCAUAGGCUUGAGAAUUAUCACGCAACUAUGACACUGCAUGAGGAUAACGGUAGAGAGGAUGGCGGGAAGACCGUCGUGAUCGAAUCGUACGUCGUGGAUGUUCCGGCAGGGAGUAGUGAGGAAGAUACAUGCUUGUUUGCCGAUACUAUAAUCAGAUGCAACCUCAAGUCCUUGGCUAAUAUCAGCGAAAAGAUGGCUUUGGAUUUAGUCAUAAGGACCCAAAUAAUGGAGAUCGAUGCAUAUUAGUAGUAUUAUCGCGUAAGCUAGCCCAAAUACGUGAGUUAUAAAAAAAAGUAUUUGCGCUAGGGGUGUGUAUGAGCCGAUCUAGAAUAACAUUGGUUUGUUUAUUU